ACAAAAUCCCUGAUGCUCACAUCUUCUUGUGUGGCUUUCUCCAAGUGCAUCUGGAUUGUCUAAACCUGUCUUGGGGGUCGGAGUGAUGGCGGUGGUUAUUUUGGACGAAAUAUAUUGGUCAGCUCGUAGAGUAGGCAGGAGGUUUCUUCAGCUGAGCAGGUAGUGGUGGUCUUGUCAGUGCUUACAUAGCUACUUGAGCCUCCCACGAUGUCAAUUUCAAGGGAUUCAGUUCUUCUUUUGUUUCUUCUCAGUUGGAUAAUCUGCAAAGAGCGCCUGAUCUGGCAACCCGCGUGUUUCGGCACUUGCAUCGAACCGACACACCUACCUACCCGACAGCUUGGGAAGGAUUCUCAGAUCUACCCGCCCGCUAUGGACCAACGAGAGAAAGCUCCCUUCUUGGCCAGCUCCAGGGACAUGGAGGAAGCAGCGCAACAUGCUGACUCCACCCAGCCGCAACAACAACACCGCUGUGGCCUAAGGAGCACCGUUCGCAUCCUAGGAGCAACAACCUGCCUCCUCGUCUUCCUCCUCCACAUCCUCCUCCAAGUCCCGCUAACCACCACCAGCACCACCACCACCACCCUCCAGCCCCAUCACCACCAUGCCUCCAAACCCCCCCGAUCCAUCACCCACCCCACCAUCAAAAAGCGCAUCCCGGGCGAACACGUCGUCCUAGCCGACUGCCGCGACCGCAAAAACGUCGUCUCCUCCCAGAUGGCCUACUACGUCGGCGACCCUGGCCCCAUCCCCGGCGACGUCGCCAUAGUAGAGACACCCCCCGGUCAAACCGCCCUCUGGAUCAACACCGAGACCUCUGCCCUCUUCUACAACAGCAACGUCACCUUCACCGCCUGGCUCGGCCCCAAGGUAGGCGACGGGCAGUUUGCCGGGACGGGUGACAACGGCUACGGGAAUUUUACUUGUUGGCAGAGGUUCAAGUUUGAUCUGUAUCGCUACAACAAUGAUACGAUUUGCUCGGGGGUGUAUGCUUGUAAUCAUGAUGUUAUGCCUGCGGUGUUGCCUACUCCCGGGGCGGGUUCGAAUCCGGGGGCGGGGGCCGGGGCGGCUCCGGAGACGGCCCCAAGCGGCGGCCUCCCACAGGGAGCAAUGAUAGGGAUCAUUGUCGCCGUUGUCGGGUCAGUGCUUUUUGGGAUUGCAAUGGGGGUUUUUUGGUGGUACUGGCGGCGGACAAGACAGCGGCAGCAACAACAACAACAACAACAACAACAACAACAAGGGGACGAGUCACCUGAGCCAAAGACGGAGAAUAAUGAAGCGUCACUUCCGCCGCCGACAUAUGCCUCGGCUGUUUUGCCUCAGUCGCCGGCUGCUGCGCCCAAGUUUGAGCUUGCGCCGGGGACGCUGUAUGAGAUGGAUGGGCAGUGGUACCGCGUGGAAAUGGCGACUGAUAAUUCGAGGUAUGAGAUGGAUGCGCAGAGUGUCAAGAAAGGGGGUGGGGUUGCGAGUGAGGAGGUGGAAAAUGAGGAGGGGGAGAGUCCGACUAGUUCUGUGGAGGGGAGUAGUCUGUCAGCGAUGACGAGGGGUGAUACUGUGAGUUCUGUCAACUCGCCGGUUUUGACGCCGGUGAAUGCCGAGGGGAGGGUUGUGUCGCCGCCUGUGGCCGGGAUGCCGGUGCCGGUGUUGGUUCCUAUUCCUGGGCCUGGUGCAGAUGAUAAUGCUGAGAGUGAGGCUCAUGGAAAUACUGGGUCUGGUUGAUAAUGGAAGGCUUGUGUCAUUGGGAUGGGGAGUACUCAGGUAGCUAAAAAUGAAAAUAGGGAUCUUGACACCUGCAGAGCACUAACGACAUGGACCGUUUCCAGGGCAGACGAGAUUACCUUGUCUUUCAGUCCACCUGCUCGAAAUUGUUUACUUCGAUUCCUCCAAUAGUUCAACUACAGCAUUCUGCCUCUUUUUGACGGCCUUCUCUAGAGGAGUUUGGCUGUCUUUGCCACCACAAAGCAAUUUAUCUGCGCCGCGAGCCAGCAAGAGGCGAAUAACGUCAGCAUAACCUCCUCCCGCGGCUCCAAAGAGGGCUGUUCUGUGCGACUCGUCCUGUGCGUUGACCUUGGCCCCCUUCAAUAGCAACCCCCUGUCUGUAUCAAACCUCCCAGCCCAAGAAGCCCAGCGCAAAGGCGUGCUCCCACGCUAGUUCUUAGCAGCGACCUCGGCACCGCGUUCAAGGAGGAGCUUGAUCAUGGACACAUCUCCUGCGUGUGCAAAGAUAUGCAACGCCGUCUCGUUGCGGCGAACCCUGAUGGAAACAGGCACGCCAAUCUCCAGCAGCUUGCGCACAGUGUUCCGAUAGCCUAGCUGCGCCGUGUCGAUCAACGCUGCCUGCAUGUGUGUGAGGGGGAUCACGAGAUGG